CACAAAGCGAGCGCCAUGUCAAUAAACAAGAGAGGAAGAAGAAAUCGAAACAGAAAGUGUGCCUUUAUCUUCAGAGAAGACGCCAUUUUCAGACCACCGAAAACAGACCCUAAAAACAGUUUCCAUCCUAACUGCUGUCAUGGCAUCAAAACCCAUUGAAAUGGCAGCUCUGGGAAGACCUCUGUAUCCUGGUAUGCUGUAUGACUGCCGCAGUGAUACCUUCAUUUCAGGUGUUACUCUGUGGGAUAAGAAGUCACUGAGUGAAAAUUUAGAUAUUCAUCCACAGCCCAUGACAGAAACGAAUUUCAGUAGCUCUGACUCUCUCUCUAGUAAGUCCAGUCUCUUGAAUGUAAGCGCUUCCCUGAAGGCCAGCUUCUUGGGAGGGAUGGUGGAGGUGGGAGGAUCUGGCAAGUUUCUGAGUAACACCAAAUCCUCAAACCAACAGUCCAGAGUUACAAUGUAUUACAAAGAAACCACCAGAUCUGACCAGCUCGCCAUGUCCAAGCUGGGCCAGGUCACCUACCCUCAGGUGUUUGACCAGAAAACUGCGACUCAUGUGGUCACGGGUGUCCUGUAUGGAGCUCAGGCCGUUAUGGUGUUUGAUCGGACAUUUUCAGAAGAAGAAAACAAGCAGGAGAUUGAGGGAGAACUGAAUAUCAUGGUCAAGAAGAUCCCUACAUUUUCUAUUGAGGGAAAAGGAGCUGGGGAAAAGAAAGAUUGUGAUAAGAAAAUGGCUGAGAGCAUCUCCUGCACAUUUCAUGGUGAUGUCCGUCUUGAUCAGAACCCCACCACUUACAUGGAGGCCCUGGAGGUGUACAAGACACUCCCGUCUAUCCUCAAGGAGAAUCCACAGAAUGCAGUUCCAAUAAAAGUCUCUCUCUAUCCUCUUUCUCUUCUGGAUUCAAAAGCAGCUCAGUUGGUGAGAGGAAUCACCACACAUCUGGUUUCCAACACUGAAGAUAUAAUAGAGGGGCUGUUAGAGGCAGAGAGGACAUGCAACGAUCUCUCCAGAAAACCACUGGUAAAUGUUUUCAGAGACGUCAAAAAGAGGCUCAGUUCAUUUCAGGGCUCUCUUAAAAAUUACAAAAUGAUGUUCCUGGAAGAAGUGGCCAAGGUCUUGCCUGCUAUACGAGGAGGAGAGACGGAGGAGAAGUCACUGGAAGACAUCCUGAAGAUCCACUACAACUCUCCUUUUAUAGCUGACAUGCUUAACCAGUGGUUAGCUCAGACAAAAUCUGAACUUAACCUCUUGAGUUCACAAAUCAAGAAGCUGGAGGGAAUCAAAACUGAAGACUCAAACCGUCUCAAGAUCCUCCUCUCUGAUCCAGAUAUUGAUGCUGUGGUGUGCUUGACCUUCACAUCUCUGAAGUAUGAAGACCAGUAUCUUUCAACCCUGAAGAAGUUUGUGGAUUCUGAAGAGUUCAAGAAGCUAGAAGUGGGAAGGAAAAUGUGUUCUAGCACGUUAGCAUCAGAAAAGUGGUUUAACGAUCCUGAUGUCAUCUUAAAGAUAAGAGAGAACUUAUCUCUUUUCAGAAGUUUUUCUGAGGCUAACAAAGAUGAAAAGAGAUACAGAUUCAUUAUUUCUGCCAUCUCUGAUCCAUCCAGUCCAGGCUCCUCCAUCUAUCUGUAUGAAAAAGGGAAACUGACAGACACACAGUUCCAGCCCGUGUCGAAGCCUCCCCCACCAGAAGUGAAGGAGGUUCUGGAGCGCAGUGUGUCCCUGAAACUGCAGAAGUCCCCGACUGGAGAAACUGUGCAGUACAGAGUGGAGUACCAGCAGGUGAAAGAGGAACAGUGGCUUGUCAAAAACACAUCUGAUGAAGACUUUACUCUGACUGGAUUGAAGUUUGGACAGAAGUACCUGAUCCGCUACAGGAUUGUGGGUAAAGUGGGAGUGAGUGAAGCCAGUGACACUAUCGGCCCCAUACCGCCUUCAGAAACUGAUCCCAAGACCAGGAAUGACUUCCUACAAUAUUCCCUUCGGAUCACUCUGGAUCUGAACACAGUGAGUGAACGCCUCCGUCUGUCUGAGAGGAACACAGUGAUUACUUACACUGACACAGAUCAGUCGUAUCCUGAUCAUCCAGACAGAUUUGAUGUGCAUGCUCAGGUGUUGUGUAGAGAGAGUGUGAGUGGACGCUGUUACUGGGAGAUUGAGUGGAGUGGAGAUGGUGUGGAUGUAGCAGUGUCAUAUAAGAGCAUCAGCAGGAAGGGAGGGGGUGAUGAGUGUGUGUUUGGAUCUAAUGAUCAGUCCUGGAGUUUGUUCUGCUCUUCCUGACAGAUUACUCAUUCAGACACAAUAACAUACGAGACUGUUCUC